AUGCGGACAAAUCCUCAAGGAUGUGGCGAUUCCGUCAAAUAUCGGCUUCGGAACCAUAGGCAUCUAAUUUUCAUUGUGUGCUUUGCGAUUGUGCUCGCGAUUGUUGUGCUGAUUGGUAUUGUCAUCCCUCUAUCCAAAAACCGUCAAUCCGCUUUACAAUUUCCUACUACAGAUUCAAUUGACACGAAAGAAGAGCGUCCAUGGUCACAGCAAUCGCUAGAAUCUUCGUUCCCCCCAAACCCACUUCGCGACCCCACCCCGUCGCCUUUUUUCUUCAGCGAGAGUGUGCUGGAUUCACCUUCGCAAGUGAGUGCUCCUUCGGAAGAUUUUUCAAUGUAUGGCUCCCAACCUCUUUCUUCAGUUCAGCUGGCGGACCAAAGUUCAAACCCGAUGAGUUUACCCACUGGAUACAAGGCGGCUCCCUCAACAGGAAGUCCCACACCCAAUCAAAUAUCGGAACUUCAUCUCCAGCAGAGCACAACUAUGUCAUCUACACCUACUCCUUCCACGACUACCAACAAGCCAACAGGAAAUCCAACGGAGCCACCGGCAAGAGAAACUACAGCAGCACCGUCCCAGAAACCCAGCGUUGUUCCGACUGCUUCAGUUUCUGAAGGCGAAACGAACACCCCUGCUACAUACGUCCCUGGGCAUUUGACCAGAUCUGAAAAUGGUCUCCUGUUAUCGGAAGGACUGAAGUCGCGUAUUCUUGCCCAAUCGGGACAGCGGGUUCCGUACGGAACUGGCGGCCAAUCGAGCAUCAACUUUCACGGUCUACCAGAUUUCGGAGCAAUCUACAAGGACGAGCGGCCGGGCAACGAAGGCGGUUGGAUCUAUGUGAGCAACUCGGAAGUCCGCCUUAUCAAGAAUAAGGGCGGCGUCGGUGCCUUGACUUUUGAUAAGCACGGCAACGUCAUGGACUACAAAAUGGUAUUGGAGGGCACCACUGCUAACUGUGCCGGUGGGAAGACCCCUUGGAAUGCUUGGGUGUCCUGUGAAGAGCACCCAAGUGGCUUAAACUGGCAAGUCGAUCCUACUGGGGUGCGGGAGGCCAGGCCUAUCACGCUUGGAAUGGAUGGUGGUCUAUUCGAGACGUUCGCAUAUGAUGUUCGAGAUCGCAACGAGCCACAUUUCUUUGUCACGGAAGAUCACUUUGAGGGUGCACUGCGUCGUUUCACUCCAGACAGUGCCAACUGGAGCGAUCCGUGGAAUAUUUUGUACGGUCCUGGUGAAACAGAGUUUCUUACUCUGACUCCAGACUCCUCCGGUACGGCGGGGCAGUAUGGGUGGACAAAGAACCAUGAAACUGGCAAAGCCAACGCCGCCCUACACUUUCAGAACGCGGAAGGGAUGGAUGUGUAUGAAAACGAGCUCUACUUUAUUUCCAAGCGUUUCAAGUCGCUCUUCAUGCUGGAUCUUGACACGGGAACCUACACGAACCAAACGACGCGUCACGGAUUGUUUGACGGCGGACCGGAUCAGCUGCAGCGGAUUGUAGGAGAUGAAAAUGAGUUGCUGUACUUCACGGAGGACGGCGGACGCGACGCUGGAAUUCACGCCCGGAACGUCAAGGGCCAAUACUUUACCAUUUUGGAAAGUCCCGUGUACAUAGACGAAACGAGCGGCCUUGAUUUCUCCCCGGACGCGACACGCAUGUACGUGGCGUACCAAAAGAGCGGCCUCUUGUUCGAGAUUCGUCGCGAAGAUGGGUUGCCGUUUCACGGGAAAACAUUGAAUGUCAAGUAUCAUGCGACGUCAAACUAA